UUUAUGUGACUUUUUUUGGCUAAUUUUGCGCAUUUAACGCUGGAUUACUGUUUCACAUUAAAUGCAUAUGUUUAGGAAACGACUUUUGGACACAUCUGCUCUCACAGAUGUUACUCGUUGAAGUGCUGUAGGUCUCUUUUUAAUAUACUAACCUCCUGAGGAAGAAAAAAAAACUUCGGCUUGUCUUUGCGCUUCCCAGGAGAAACCGGAGUCGUUAGCCGCGUUAAGUUAGCAUCGGAGAAGAAGAAGUUGCGCCGGAAGUGGAUGUUGACGUCUUCAAAAUAAAAGCCUUGCUGCUUACCCAACGCUUAAUCUAAGCACAGUUUACCUCAGAUUGGUUUUAUUUUGAAAGUCAGAACUAGAAGUUGCAAUUCCGACUCUUGCUAGCUUAACUGUUUGCCUGACUUUACGCGUUUCAGGCGGAGUUCAGGUCUUAAAACAUUUGGCAAACUUCUUCACCGCUCCACUUCUUCGUCCACAUAUUUGCGCUGAGAUACCUUUCCCCGUGUCUGCCUUGGAGGAGUAACGACUCACGGAAUAUCAUAACUGUGUGGCACGUUUACAUUUUUGACACUUUUCUGGGCUUAUUAAGCAUUAAACCUUUUCUCCCUGCAGUGGAAGCGCUCCCAGGACAGACAGGAGACUUCUGGUUUGUAACUUUUUCUUUCCCCCCUUGUCGGAUUUUUGGGGCGCACAUGCGAUGUCACGGACUAUUAAAAGAAGAAAGAAAUGUUUGUGUUUAGUUUUGCGGUUUCGGUACAAAGGCGUUUUUUGAGUUUAAUUUUUUAAACCAGUUGAGCAACUGGCGACAGGACUCUAUAAUCAAUGUGGUGUCAGCUGGAAGGACGCAGGGUCCGGAUCUCACCUAAACGAGUGACCUCCUCCCUGUUUCUCACCUCCUCUGAGCGCUGGUUGGUACGCUGUCCCACUGUACAUGCUGCACGGACAGGUGACUGGAAUAUUUUUCCAGUUAGUCACAGCUGAUACGUCUUGGGAGUGAUGCACUGGCUUCCCCUGGUUGCCAUGGUGAUUGCCUCGGCCCUGCCCUUCCCUCACAACCCCGUGUCCAGGAUUGCUGCCGCAACGACAGAGCCUGGCUUUGACAACCGCAGAGAGCACCGUCAUGACUCGGCUGCUCACCUCGCAGCUCCCCCUGUGGACUACAACUUCCAUGGAAAUGCCUCACAAACGGACUACAACAUGGCUGCUACCCUUAGCCAAAACACCAACAGACAAAACCUCCAGAACCAUAAGGAUUAUGUGAAAUCCUCCGCAGAUGAAGAGACUUCCACGUUCAAAGUGGAGAAUCAAGGAACCUACCAAUCAAAUAGCAACUCAGGCAGCGAUGACAAAAGCAGUGACACUGUGGAUGUUCCCACAGAAGGAGGAACACUCAGGACCGAGGAUAUUUCGCAGGAUAAUUCUCUACCAAAGGAUUACAAAGCUGACAGCAGCAGCAGGAGAGAUUACUCCAGUUUUGUGGACUUUUCCAAGAAGGACAAUCUUCAGGACCCUACAGAAAGACUGCUGCCGGUUUCCACGGCGGAAACGCAUAAUGCAGUCAGUCCUGCUGCUAAUCUAAAGGGUCAAAGAGGACCAGAACCAACUGUUCCCUCGGAAAAGCUCAGAGAUGCACCUACAGUUGAGACAGGAAGCACGCCGACACCUGGGGCUGGAAGAGGUCCAGCUGAGGAGAGCUUGAACCUGGAGGCAGGGCUGGGUCUGGGGACCGCGCUGGACAAUAUCUUAGAAGGGGACGAGAUGUUUCUGGACGCACAUCCGCGAGUCCUGUUCUCACCUUCCCCGUCGCCUCCAGAGCACCCACCUCUCCUGCUCAUGUUGGAGACCGGCCUGCUGGAGGAGGACGGGGAGGGAGAGGAGCAGGAGGACAUGGACGGACACAUCGAGGGUCACGGGGACCGGGCGAUCGACAGGAGCACGACUCUGAGUUGGGCAGACUCUUCCAGAGUUACAGAGGUUGCCCGCCCUGUCAAAAGGGAUAAACGCUCACACUUGAUGGACAGAAGGAGAGGGGAAAAGUCAGUGUGCGAGGCGGAAAGUGUUUGGGUCACUGACAAGAAGACUGCCAUCGACUCCCACGGUCAGAAGGUCACCAUCUUACAGGAGAUCCAGACGCAGACAGGACCACUCAAACAGUACUUCUAUGAGACUCGUUGCCGUGAGGCCGAGCAGACAACCAACACUGGCAGGUCGAGGGCCGGCGCUGCACUUAAACCUGUUGGGACGGGCGUAGCUGGGGCCGGCUGCUUGGGCGUGGAUAAAAAACAGUGGGUGAGUGAGUGUAAAGCCAAGCAGUCGUACGUCCGAGCGCUCACCAAAGACGCUAACAACAGAACCGGAUGGAGGUGGAUCCGCAUCGACUCGUCCUGUGUCUGUGUGCUGCUGUCCAGAGCCAAUCAGGCGCUGGGAAGGGAGGUCUUGACGAGGAGGGGGAGAGGCUGAGAGAGAGAGAGAGAGAGAGAGAGAGAGAGAGAGAGGGGGGGUUGAUAGGGAGAGAUGGCAAGAAGUAGAAAGUGACACAGAGCAGAGCAGCUGUGACAUCCUUUUGUGUGCACUUUCACUUUCUUAAACUUGACUUAGUUGUCCCUCUCUCUCCUCCAGCCCGUCCUCCACCGUAACCUCAAAAGACUUUUAAAAAAACAAGAAGACCUCAUUACUAGAUCUUAGGGAAAAUUGUCAUAUAGAGAUUUUACUGUUUUUUGUAUGAUUUAUCUUUCAUAAUCUAAGUUAUUUUUGAUUAGUAUGUAAGCAUGUGUAUGUCUUUGAUAUUAAUAUAUUCCUUUAUAUAUGUGUACAAUAUGACACCAGUAUACCUUUAUGUAUGAAGCUAUGUAUAUCAGUGUGUAUUUAUAGAAGAAGUCUUCAUGGAGUGGUAGGUCUCUCCAGUGUCUGAUGAUAAUUCCAGCCUCUGGGCCGCUCGGGUUGUGAGAGGAAGGAGCGCCACCUACUGAGGCUCCACUUUACUGCUCCACACUGUUCACACAUGGAUUACCAUGAAUGUGACAGUGCAUUUUAGUAUCAGAUACAGAAACUACAGCAUGGGCACACUUAAGCAUGGUUUCACUCAGGCUGACGAUUUGACAGUUUUGUGGCAGGAAACAUCUCCGAAUGUGGAACGUGUUCAGUGUGGUUCAUGAAUGUAAACCCAUGUGGUUUGUAAAUUAUACGACACUUAAAAACUAAUUUUACCAUCUGCUGGUUUGUUCAGUUUGCCUGCCAAAAUGUGGUAAUAAAGGAUCUUUGUACUCGGCA